GGGCUGCGUGCGUCCGGACUCUGGGGGUGCGCCUCGGUUCCGUGAGGUGUGUGCGUCCGCCUGUCGCCCAGCCGGGACGGGAGAAUCCGCGUGUUUGGGGUAACUGGGUACCAAGCAUUUCAGAUCUGCUUGGUAAACCAGGUGUACCACCAUGCUGGCAGCAAGACUUGUGUGUCUCAGGACACUACCUUCCAGGGUUUUCCACCCAACUUUCACCAAAGCCUCUCCUGUUUUGAGGAACUCUAUCACGAAGAAUCAAUGGCACUUAACACCCAGCAGGGAUUAUGCCACAAAGACAAGAUUUGGGAGGCGUACGAAAACUCAAGAAAUCAAAGAGGCAGCAUUUGAACCAUCGAUGGAAAAGAUAUUUAAAAUUGAUCAGAUGGGAAGAUGGUUUAUUGCUGGAGGGGCUGCUGUUGGUCUCGGAGCGUUAUGCUACUAUGGCUUGGGAAUGUCUAAUGAGAUUGGAGCUAUCGAAAAGGCUGUAAUUUGGCCUCAGUAUGUAAAGGAUAGAAUUCAUUCUACCUACAUGUACUUAGCAGGAAGUAUUGGUUUGACAGCUUUGUCUGCUCUGGCAGUGACUAGAACUCCUGUUCUCAUGAACUUCAUGCUGGGAGGCUCUUGGGUGACAAUUGGUGCAACCUUUGCAGCUAUGAUUGGAGCUGGAAUGCUGGUACGUUCAAUAUCCUAUGAAAACAGCCCAGGCCCAAAGCAUCUUGCUUGGUUACUACAUUCUGGUGUGAUGGGCGCAGUAGUGGCUCCUUUGACCAUACUAGGGGGACCUCUUCUCAUCAGAGCUGCAUGGUACACAGCAAGCAUUGUGGGAGGCCUCUCCGCUGUGGCCAUGUGUGCACCCAGUGAGAAGUUUCUGAACAUGGGAGCACCUCUAGGAGUGGGCCUGGGUGUUGUCUUUGCAUCCUCACUGGGAUCUAUGUUUCUUCCACCUACCUCUGUGGCUGGUGCCAGUCUGUACACAGUGGCAGUUUAUGGUGGUUUAGUUCUUUUCAGCAUGUUCCUUCUCCAUGAUACACAGAAAGUAAUCAAGCAUGCAGAAAUAACGCCGUUGUAUGGAGCUCAUAAAUACGAUCCCAUCAAUUCGAUGCUGGGAAUCUACAUGGACACACUAAACAUAUUUAUGCGCAUCGUCAGUAUUCUGGCAGGUGGUGGAGGCAACAAAAAGUGAAGUGACUAUGCUUCUGACUUUUAAAAUACAUCAGAUAUCCUGCUUCUUUGAUAUGCACUGAUACUCAUUCAUUUCUUCAAGCAGCUUUUGAAGUUUAGAAAAUCAGAACUUGUCAACACAUUUCAAAUGUUCCAAUAAUACAAUGCUUCAGGUUGCUUUCUUUCUGAAGAAUAAAUUCAUUAGUUCUCUUCU